GGACCGGCUUCUCGCCCCGUCUGAGGUACGACCAUGGCCCCGGCCCCGAGAGACAAACUCCUGCUUUCCCUGAAGGAGCUUCGAGAAGAAGAGCUCAGGACGUUCAAGUUCAAGCUGUUGGGGAUCCCCUUGCAGGACGGGUACUUCCACGUUCCCCGCGGGGAGGUGGACGGGCUGAAGCCCGUGGAGUUGGCUGACCUGCUCAUCCUGUACUACGGGGAGAAAUAUGCGGUCAUGGUCGUUCUCGAAGUGCUCAAAGCCAUGCACAUGAAUGGCGUCGUGGAGACUCUCGGCCAGGAUACUUGGGAAGAUUCCAGGGAAACGUACAGAGAACGAAUGAAAAAAAGUCUCGAGCGCGCCGAGGAGAGGCACGGUCAUCUGAGGGACAGAGUUGAUCUCCGCCACAGAUUCACCCCGCUCUGCCUGGUGACUAACAGUCUGCCCGGGGCCCAAGAGGAGGAAGGACCUGCACCGGUGGCCGAAGGAAAUGGAUCCUCCGGGAUCGGAGAGAAGGAAGUCCAUUCCAUUGGCUUAGAAACUCUGUUGGAUCCCGAGGAGGAGGGCACGGACUCUCCUCGCACCGUCGUCCUACAUGGGGAGGCUGGCAUCGGGAAGACCACGCUGGCCAAAAAGCUGAUGUUAGACUGGGCAUCCGGAGACUUUUACCCGGACACUUUCGAUUACACGUUCUUGGUCAGCUGCCGAGAGAUCAACCUCAUGGCGGAGAAAAGUUUAGCGGAGCUGAUCUGUCACUGUUACGGGGACGGACACGCCCCUGUGACCGAAGUUUUGAAGAGGCCGGAGCGACUCUUGUUCAUCAUCGAUGGCUUGGAUGAGCUGAAAUAUUCUCUGGAAGAGGAAGGAGAGGAGCCGGGCAGUGAGCUGCGGGACAAGCAGCCGGUGCAGACCCUCCUGAGCAGUUUGGUAAGGAAAAAGCUUCUUCCGGAGUCGUCCUUACUGAUCACCACCCGUCCCAGGGCUCUGGAGAAACUCCAGCCGCUGCUGGAAGACCCACGCUACGUGGAGAUCCUGGGGUUUUCUGAAGUGGAGAGGGAAGAAUAUUUCUUCAAAUUCUUCACCGAUGAAAAUAAAGCCAAAAAGGCCUUUAAUUUUGUCCAAAGAAAUGAAAAUCUCUCCUCGUUGUGCUCUAUUCCUCUGGUGUGUUGGUUUUCCUGCACCUGCCUGAAGCAGCAGAUGGUGAGAGGGGAACCCCUCACGCACACUUCCAAAACCAUCACAGACGUGUAUAUGUCUUACAUUUCCAUUUUCCUGCAGCCAGACAGGGCCAGGGCAAAACAGCCCGCAUACCCCACCCUGAAGAGGCUCUGCUCCUUGGCCGCAGACGGAAUCCGGAAUCGGAAAAUCCUGUUUCAAGAAGACGACCUCAGGCAGCAUAGCUUGGACCAAGCCGAUAUCGCCGCCUUCUUGAGUAAGGCUAAUUUUCGCCAAGAAUCCAAGGGUGAGACCUUCUACAGCUUCAUUCACUACAGUUUCCAGGAGUUCUUCAGUGCCUUGUACUACAUGCUGGAAGGAGAUGGCAACGAAUCCAACCGCGAUGUGAAUGCUCUGCUGGAGAAACAAGAACAGACGAGGUCGGAUGGCAGUGCGUUAACCCUGCGGUUUCUCUUCGAUUUUUUAAGUCAAGAGACCGUGAGUACCCUGGAAAUAAAAUUCAGCUACAAAAUUCCACCCAAGCUACAGAAGGAACUGAAAUGUAUUAAGGCAAGAGUUAAAUCUCUGCUGAGUCCAAUCCAGAAAGGCCCAUUUGAAUUGAACAUCAGUUUGAACAAAAUUCCCAAGGAAAAUAACGAGCAAGAUUCAAGGGACAAUUUCCAAACCAUGAAGCAGAGCAAGGUUUCAUCAAAGGAAGGGCGAAUGAGCGUUGAUAUGGAUAAAGGAUUCCCCCAAGGGAUCCAAGGUGAAAUUUCUCAGGGAAACAAGAAAUGUCGCUCACUUCGUACCCAAGGCCCAGCUACCUCUUCUGCCAUCAGCAAUGGGAAAUCCCAGAGGCAGGUCGGGUACUCUCAGUUUGCAGGAAGGACCUCAAAGGGAGCUGAGGGUCUGGAUGAAGAUGAAAAUUCUGGUCCCCCAGUGUUCCAAAUGAUGCAGAGAGGCUCUUGGGAAAAUUGAGCUUGUCACUUCUGGAUACCUUGGGCCAAGGAGAUCCUUCCAUAAAUAACCCAACCCAGCUUUCCAGAGGGAUUAACCACAUUCCCACCAUGGCAUCCAGCUCUUGGCUCUCCGAAUCUUCUUUCCCUGCGGGCCUCUCCCUCACCUCCAGGCAUGAAGCGAAAGUUGCAAAAUCAAUCAGACACUCUGCUGUUGGGGAAGUUUACAACCGUGACAUUGUGGGCAGGGAACGUCCCUACCAACUCUGCUGUAUUGGACUCUUCCAAGAGUAGAGUGCUCUAUCCAGGGCAAAUGCUCAGUGAUUGAUUAUGAUCGAUUGAUAACCGUGUCCAUCUGCGGGUCAAUUAAAGGUUUUCCCUUCA